AAGCUGGCGAGAUAAUUAUAAUCAGCACAUGGCCCAAUUCACUUCCAUUUUCUCUCGUCUCGCUUGUCGCUACUCUAAGGAUCCUACUCGUUCUUCCAACCUGAACCAUCAAGCUUCUCUUGGAGUCAUGAACUCGAAGCUUGAAUCUUGAAUCUGAAUAUCCCAAAACCAAAAAGAGGAAUAUACAAGGAUGCAUUCAAAAUUCCCAGUUACCCACUUGAAAACAUCAGUAGCAGUUGCACCCAGUUCUUUGAUUUUGUUUAAAAGUGACUUCUGCAAGUUUAUUUGCUGCCAAUUCAAUUCAUCUGAGCGCAGGUUGAGGUUUAAGCUUGUGGGUCAGUCUCUUGGGGACAGAUGGAAGCUCAAAGACAUAGAUGCUAAGGCAGUCCAAGAAAGAGUUAAUUCAUGGCUAUCUAAGACCCAAAAUCUUUUAAAUGAGGUGAGUUUGCCGCUGGUAAAAUCUGGUCACAGUGGAAAGCCUGAUCCUGGAAAGGCACUUGAUGCGCCAGAGCUGGAGGAAAUUUUUGUGACAGAACAGACAAUUCAUAGUAGCACACCAAAUGGAAUUCUCUCAUUGGCUGCUAUAGUAUCUAUAGAGCAAUUUAGCAGGAUGAAUGGAUUGACUGGCUAUAAAAUGCAGAAGAUAUUUAAAGCACUUGUUGCUGAAUCUAUUUAUAAUGAUGCCCGUAAUUUGGUGGAGUAUUGCUGCUUUAGAUUCUUGUCAAGGGAUAACUCUGCCAUCCAUCCCUGUCUUAAGGAACCAGCUUUCCAGCAACUAAUUUUCAUAACAAUGCUUGCAUGGGAGAAUCCUUACCACAAAGAAGAUUCUGAAAAGCCUUCUCUUCGGGGUAAGCUUGUAGGAGAAGAGGCUUUCGUACGCAUUGCUCCUGCUAUUUCAGGCAUGGCCGAUCACUCCACAGCACAUAACCUUUUCAGGGCCCUUGCUGGGAAUGAACAAGGCAUCACUUUGGGCUUGUGGUUAACUUAUGUUGAUGAACUUCUCAAAGUUCAUGAAGGGCGGAAAUCUUACCAGAUUCGGGAAUUUCCUAAGCUUUCAGAGGAGAAAAUUUUAUGUAUUGGUUCCAGUAGGAAACGUCCUGUUCUAAAAUGGGAGAAUAACAUGGCAUGGCCAGGAAAAGUUAUUUUAACUGAUAAAGCACUUUAUUUUGAGGCUGUUGGUUUGGCUGGGCAGAAAGAUCCUAUAAGGUUUGAUCUUACUAGAAAAGGAGUACGGGUGGAGAAAACAAAGGUUGGACCUUUGGGUUAUGUGCUUUUUGAUUCUGCAGUUUCUAUUUCAUCUGGUCCCAAAUCAGAGACAUGGGUGCUAGAAUUUGUGGACUUGGGAGGGGAUUCCAGGAGAGAUGUUUGGCAUGCAUUUAUAAAUGAAGUUAUUUCCUUGCACAAGUUCAUCUGUGAGUUUGGACCAGAAGAUAAUGAUCAGUCAACAUUCCAAGUGUAUGGUGCACAAAAAGGGAAGGAAAGGGCUAUCAUCAGUGCCAUUAAUAGCAUUGCUAGACUUCAGGCCCUUCAAUUCAUGCGGAAGUUGCUGGAUGAUCCCAUUAAACUUGUUCAGUUCUCAUUUUUGCAAAAGGCACCCUAUGGAGACAUUGUUUACCAAACUCUAGCUGUAAAUUACUGGGGUGGACCUUUAGUUAAAAAAGUUACCAUGGCAGAGUAUCAACCAGCACAAGGAGGAAGGCCAUCUGAUGAGUUAUUGGAAAACAGAAAUCAUGUAUUUGACAUAGAUGGAAGUGUUUACUUACAGAAGUGGAUGAGGUCUCCAUCUUGGAUUUCCACUGCUUCCGUUAAUUUCUGGAAGAACUCUUCAACCAAGCAAGGUGUUGUAUUAAGUAAAGAUCUUGUUGUUGCUGAUAUCACUCUUGUAGAGAGGGCAGCAAUAACAUGCAAAGAAAAAUGCCAGGUGGUUGAAAAAACUCAAGCAACAAUUGAUGCUGCAAUGCUUCAAGGGAUACCAAGUAACAUCGAUCUCUUCAAGGAACUGAUACUUCCCCUGACCAUGGCUGCCAAGAAUUUUGGGAAACUGAGACGCUGGGAGGAACCACAUCUGACCAUCUCUUUUCUAGCAUUUGCGUAUUCAGUUAUUUUCAGAAAUUUGCUGCCAUAUGUAUUUCCGAUGACGUUGAUGGUUUUGGCAGCUGGGAUGCUAACACUGAAGGGGCUUAAGGAGCAAGGUCGCCUGGGAAGAUCAUUUGGAAAAGUUACAAUUCGUGAUCAACCACCUUCAAAUACCAUUCAAAAGAUUAUAGCAGUAAAAGAUGCCAUGCGUGAUGUAGAAAAUUAUCUCCAGAAUCUGAAUGUCACACUUCUAAAAUUUCGUACAAUUAUUCUUUCAGGUCAUCCUCAGAUAACAACUGAGGUUGCACUGGUGUUGUUAGCUUCUGCUACCAUUCUUCUCAUUGUCCCUUUCAAGUAUGUUGCUGCCUUUCUUCUUUUUGAUCUUUUUACUCGGGAGCUUGAGUUCCGGAGGGAGAUGGUUAAGAGGUUCAUAACCUUUCUGAAGGAUCGCUGGGACACGGUGCCUGCAGCCCCUGUGGUUGUGUUACCCUUUGAAUACAAUGAGUCAACACCAACAAAUCAGAAGGAGAAAGAUAAUGAUAAACAAUCAAAAGAAUAGUUAUGGUAGAUGCAAAAAGCCUUAGAUACACACACAUAGGGAUCGUCAUCGUGGGUAAUUUUCUUUGGCCAUUUUUAUAUAUGAGCAGAAGCACAUUAGGGGAUUCUUGGAUGUCUCGAUGAGCGAGAAAAAUAGAGGGAGGGGUUUGGGAAAUUUUCAUAUUUACUGCUAAUCAAGUGCAACAAAGUAAUCCAAUGGUUCUUCUUGAAUGCCCUGAAUGUCAACUGAUCACAAGCUGUGUGAUUAGGAAUCAAGUUUGAUGCUGUACAUGUUAUUUCCAUCUGCUUGUACCACUUGUAAGCUGCUGCCACCCAUAACUUGUUAAACAUAUUUAGAGACUUGGAAGGAUGCAUUUAUUUUUAAUAGGGGCAAUUCACAACUCUUUGUACCUUCUAAUAACAUGAUUCCUCCGAAAAUUGGACUGAAUAAGCAAGCCCUUCAAAAUGAUUAUAUAUAUAUAUAUGGCAAUUUCAGUGAAUCUUCUGCGGAAACAUGUUACCAUAAGUCUUGAGGUGGUGUUUUCCUUUUUUUUUUUC